AUGUUAUGGAAAGGCAGUGGACGAAUGAGUGGUGUGCGUGGACGUUGUUGUAUUAAACACUUUAGUAAUAUAUCUGAUAGGAAUAUUCAUCCCAUCCCCUUUGUUGCAAGUGGGCCUGGCACAGGAAAGACUAGGUCUUUAGAAGAGCUUGGAGAUAUGCUUCAGAACCUGGCACUUAAAGAUGAUGACCCUAAAGUUCGUGAAAUGUUUGAGAACAUGAUAAGUAUCAUUAUUACAGUUGCAAGAUAUGCAAUUUGGAGAGUUUUAGAAAAGUGCAGACAAUUGGGUGUUUCAAAAGGGAUUCUAAGAUUAGACACAAUUUUGAAUGUCAUCAAUAUCAGCCAACAAAAAUCGCAAUAUCAUAUAAUGUUGAUAUUUUUACUUUGUGUAGAUGAAACCAAUAAGUUAAUUGAGAAUGACACUUCACCAACAAGUCAAACAUUCCGUGCAGUAGUGAAUGCAGUAGGACAUAUAAGUUGUGGCAAAAUUGUUAAAAAUAUAUUCUUUAUUCCAAUACUUGCAGGAACACUUGAAGUUCUACUCAGAGAAAUUAUUACAAAAUCAAUGCAUCCUGCUUUAUCACUUCCAUUACCUUUACUCAGUCAUGAUGAUACAGUUAGCAUUUCCUAUAAAGAUGUUGGUUUAAAUGAGGUUUAUGUCAAAACUACAAAUGUAUUGCAAUGCUGUAUUUCAGAUAUUGGUGGUCAUGCUAGGGCUCUGGAUAUUUUUUUAGAAAAGUGUGCAGAUACAGAAAAUGUUGAAUCAAUUAAUCUAUAUGAUAUAAUGCAAUUUGUUCAUGUUGAAUUGUUGAAAUUAUAUGAUUUUGUAAAGAUAUCAACAGAAAUGGCUCCAGAAGUAGCACAUGCAAUACUUGGGAUCCCCAUUACUCCCGAAACAAAUAUUGCUGAGAAUUCAAAAAUAACAUAUAUGGACUUGGCACUUAUGGGUUUGGUAGUAUUUAUUGAGAGCCAAAUGGGCACAGCUUUCGGAAAUAUUGAUUAUUCAAAAGUCUCUUUUUGUUUGGCAAGACUGGAAGGAUUUCAAUUUCCAUUUUGGGCUUUCAAACUUCAUCUUUAUACUGUUAUGGGAUAUACAGAUGUAUUAUUAUCAGAAUUCUUAAAGGAUAAAAAAGAUGACAAAAAGUCUCAAGGCCUCGCAUUCAUCACUACCACAAUUCCAUUUGAUAUUUUUUUGUUAUGCAUCUUUAUCAGAAAACGUUUGGAAUAUUUUAUCUUACAAUCACAAGUCAAAAAUGUUGCCAUCAUUUAUCAUGAUAAUUUUCAUCAAUUUUAUGGGCCUAUCUAUGCAAGUCGAGCACAAUUUGUUGCUGAUUGUUUGCCCUGGUUGGCAAUUGCAUCUAAUUCAUGGAGAGGUCCUACAAUUGCAAAUAAAAUCCUUGGAAGGCGAAAGGAAAGACCAUUUGAAAAUGAAGAUGAUUUGUUAAAACAUGUUAAAUUUCCCAAAACACAGUUAUCACAGAUUCAGUUUUGA